GUUACUGGAGCUUGCGCAUGAGAUUUCCCGUGAGAUAGUUUUGCCGUGGAAAAACCCUUCGACCUUGAACCUGUUUCUCUUUCUCUCUCUCUCUUUAAUCCGAUUCUUCGAGCCGGAGAGCUCACUUUCGCUGCGUUGUAAUGGCGGCUCUAGAGAGCCCACCUCCGGGAACGCCGUCUGCGAUGAGGCAUGCUUUCGGGAGCGUUCUGUCAGCUCUGAUCCUCCUCCUCAUUGGGGUCCUUGCUUUCUCGAUCCGACUCUUCUCUGUCAUAAAGUAUGAGAGUGUGAUUCAUGAGUUUGAUCCUUACUUCAAUUACAGAGUCACUCAGUUCUUAUCAAAGAAUGGAAUUUACGAGUUCUGGAAUUGGUUUGAUGAUCGGACCUGGUAUCCUCUUGGCCGUGUGAUUGGAGGAACUGUAUACCCUGGGUUAACGUUGACUGCUGGAACCAUUUGGUGGGUCUUGAAUUCAUUAAACAUUCCUCUGUCAGUAGAGACUGUUUGCGUCUUCACUGCACCUGUAUUUUCAGCUUUCGCAUCCUGGGCAACUUACCUUUUGACCAAGGAAGUUAAGGGCUCCGGUGCAGGACUAGCAGCUGCUGCUCUUUUGGCCAUGGUAAUUUGUUCUAUUGGUAUACGUUUAAUUUUUCUUCUAGUGAACAUCAUGGCUAUGACUUUAAUAGGUUAUUGGAUGUCAUGUACACUAUUCAGCAUUGGUGUAUCGUUUAGUGGAAUCUUCCACAAAUGUCUAUUAAUUGGAUUUCAGAAUGUUAGUUUUCUUAGUAAAUGGUUAUCGUUGCAGGUUCCCUCAUAUAUAUCCCGAUCUGUCGCUGGAAGCUAUGACAAUGAAGCUGUUGCCAUUUUUGCUUUGAUCUUCACUUUUUAUCUUUACAUAAAGACACUAAAUACAGGUUCCCUGUUUUAUGCCACCCUGAAUGCCAUUGCAUACUUUUACAUGGUAUGUUCUUGGGGAGGUUACACCUUCAUCAUCAAUCUGAUUCCAAUGCAUGUGCUUCUGUGCAUUGUAACUGGUCGAUACUCUCCCCGACUGUACAUUGCCUAUGCUCCUUUGGUUGUUUUAGGCACGCUGUUAGCUGCAUUGGUACCUGUUGUUGGUUUCAAUGCGGUUUUGACGUCUGAACAUUUUGCCUCGUUUUUGGUUUUCAUCAUCAUCCACGUUAUAGCUCUCGUAUACUACAUCAAAGGCAUUCUUUCUCCUAAAAUGUUCAAAGUUGCUGUGACACUUGUGGUGUCUAUCGGCCUGGUUGUGUGUUUCAUAGUUGUGGCAGUUCUUGUGGCAUUGGUGGCUUCAAGUCCAACAAAAGGAUGGAGUGGUAGGAGUUUGAGUCUACUUGAUCCAACUUAUGCAAGCAAGUAUAUUCCAAUUAUUGCAAGUGUCAGUGAACAUCAACCUCCAACUUGGCCGUCCUAUUUCAUGGAUAUCAAUGUUUUGGCUUUCCUGGUCCCUGCUGGCAUCGUUGCCUGCUUUUCGCCUCUAUCUGAUGCCAGCUCUUUUGUGGUCCUUUAUAUUGUAAUGUCUGUAUACUUUUCUGGAGUUAUGGUUCGUCUUAUGCUCGUGCUUGCUCCAGCAGCAUGCAUCAUGUCUGGGAUUGCGCUCUCUCAAGCUUUCGAUGUUUUCACGGCUUCCAUCAAAUACCAUUUAAGUGGAUCGUCUAAUUCCAAAGAUGAUGCAGAGGACAAGACUUCUACAAACAAUGCCUCAAAAGAUGAUGGUUCUGCUGGGAAGACUGACAAGGGUGAAGAAAGUGCAAAAGAGCGAUCGUCGAGAAAGGGCAAGAAGAAAGAGAGAGAACCUGCCGAUAAACCUUCUGUUAAGUCCAAGAUUGUGAAGAAGAAGGCGCUUGUUUUGCCUUUCGAAGCCUCUAUCGUUGCGCUUCUUCUCCUUAUAAUGUUGGGUGCUUUCUAUGUGAUUCAUUGUGUUUGGGCAGCUGCAGAAGCAUAUUCAGCUCCAUCAAUAGUUUUGACAUCUCAAUCGCGCGAUGGCCUACAUGUCUUUGAUGAUUUUAGAGAAUCUUAUGCAUGGUUAAGCCAUAAUACUGACGUGGAUGACAAAGUAGCAUCAUGGUGGGACUAUGGCUAUCAGACGACAGCUAUGGCUAAUAGAACUGUUAUAGUUGACAACAAUACCUGGAAUAAUACUCACAUUGCAACUGUUGGCACUGCAAUGUCAUCUCCAGAAAAGGCGGCGUGGGAAAUUUUCAACUCCUUGGAUGUGAAAUACGUUCUUGUCGUCUUUGGUGGUCUGAUUGGUUACCCAAGUGAUGAUAUUAACAAGUUUCUGUGGAUGGUGCGUAUUGGAGGCGGCGUCUUUCCUCAUAUAAAGGAAGCUGAUUAUCUGAGAGAUGGCCAAUACCGGAUUGAUUCUGAGGCCACUCCGACAAUGUUGAACUGCCUUAUGUACAAGCUCUCUUACUACAGAUUUGUAGAGACAGAUGGUAAAGGUUUUGAUCGGGUCAGGCGGACAGAGAUUGGGAAGAAGAAUUUCAAGCUCACACAUUUCGAUGAGGUUUUCACGAGUCACCAUUGGAUGGUCCGGAUAUACAAGCUGAAACCUCAAAAGAACAGGAUUCGUGGUAGAGCGAAGAAGCUGAAAUUGAAAACAAGCUCUUCAAAAUCAGCGAAGAAGAAUCCGUGGAUCUAAAAAAAUCGUAGAACUUUUCAAUGUUGGAUGGUGAGUUGAGUUCUAUGUUAACUCUUAGGUCUCUCUUUAUUUUCAAGGAAGUUGUUGCAGACGCAGUCAAGUUUCUGGUGUAGGAUUUGUCAAAAUUUUGUAAAACUUUACAUAUUUGGAUUUGUUAACCCGAAUUUUAUGUUUGUUGUAAAUCGGGACCCAAUCCAAAAGAAAAGAAAAAAAAAACUCGAAAUAGCCUUA